ACCUCGGCGACACUCCCUCAUAUAGCUGUCUUUCUCAUCUCCGCCACAUUCAUCUGAACGAAUCUUUCAAUUGUACAACGAUACAGCAUCCUACAUCAUGGAUAAUUCUAAUCUGGCAGCCAAGAUGGAUGUCGAUGAGGCUGCCAUCGACGAAGGCCUGUACUCGCGUCAGCUAUAUGUGCUAGGCCACGAAGCAAUGAAGAAGAUGGCGGCAUCAAACGUCCUCAUCGUCGGCGUCCGGGGUCUAGGUGUCGAGAUAGCCAAGGAUGUCGUCCUAGCUGGUGUGAAAUCUGUCACUAUCUAUGACCCAGAGCCCGUAACCAUACAGGAUUUGAGCUCCCAAUUCUUCUUGAGACAAGAAGAUAUUGGCAAGUCCCGCGCAGAAGCAACAGCUCCUCGAUUGGCUGAGCUGAAUGCGUAUGUCCCCGUGCGAAACUUGGGUGGAAAGGCGGGUCAGGCAAUCACUACAGACCUCAUCCAGGGCUUCCAGGUCGUCGUCUUAUGUGGAGUCCCACUCGCCAAACAGCUUGAAAUCAACGAUUGGACACACAAGAACGGCAUCUCCUUCAUAUCUGCUGAAAUACGCGGGCUGUUCGGUUCUGUAUUCAACGACUUUGGAAACAAGUUUACGUGCGUAGAUCCUACAGGCGAACAACCGCUGAGCGGUAUGAUCGUGUCUGUCGACCAGGAUAGUGAAGGUCUUGUCACCUGCUUGGAUGAGACUCGGCAUGGCCUUGAGGAUGGCGACUUUGUUACGUUCACCGAAGUCCAAGGAAUGACGGAACUUAACGGCUGUGAACCCCGUAAAAUUUCUGUGAAGGGACCAUACACGUUCACUAUCGGUGAUACCUCCAAUCUUGGACCUUACAAGACCGGCGGUAUCUUCACUCAAGUCAAGAUGCCCAAAAUCAUCGUAUUUAAAUCCCUUCGGGAGUCCCUGCAGUCGCCGGAAUUCUUCAUGACGGAUUUUGCCAAGUUUGAUAGACCAGCGACUCUCCACGCUGGAUUCCAAGCUCUAUCUGAAUUCCUAAACACCCAUCAACGACUCCCUCGUCCUAGGAAUCCUGCCGAUGCUCAAGAGGUCCUUAGUCUUGCUAAGAAACUCAAUCCAGACAUCGACGAGAAGGUUAUAACCGAGCUGUCUUAUCAAGCUACUGGCGACUUGUCACCCAUGGUAGCAGUCAUCGGUGGCUUUGUGGCCCAGGAAGUACUCAAGGCAUGUUCGGCCAAGUUCCAUCCCAUGGUUCAACACCUGUACUUCGAUUCUCUUGAGUCCCUGCCUUCCGUGAUUCCUUCUGAGGAGGAUUGCCAACCUAUUGGGUCACGAUACGAUGGUCAAAUCGCUGUUUUCGGGAAGACCUUCCAACACAAAAUUUCCAACCAUCGUCAAUUCCUUGUAGGGUCUGGUGCUAUUGGCUGUGAAAUGCUGAAGAACUGGAGUAUGAUGGGGUUGGCCACCGGUCCCGAGGGUGCUAUUCGAGUGACUGACCUCGAUACCAUUGAGAAGAGCAACUUGAAUCGACAGUUCUUGUUCAGGCCGAAAGACAUCGGCAAAUUCAAGGCUGAAGUGGCAGCGGCUGCGGUUGCUGAUAUGAACCCUGAUUUGAAGGGUGUAAUCGUCACCAGCCAAGAGGCCGUAGGCCCAGCGUCGGAAAAUAUUUAUGGUGACGAGUUCUUCAGCUCUAUCGAUGGUGUCACCAAUGCACUCGAUAAUGUGAAAGCUCGGUUGUACAUGGAUCAGCGAUGUGUGUUCUAUGAGAAGCCGUUGCUUGAAUCCGGUACUCUGGGAACGAAGGGAAACACCCAAGUUGUCAUUCCUCAUCUGACUGAGUCCUACGCGUCUUCUCAGGACCCACCGGAGAAGGAAACGCCCUCUUGUACAGUCAAGAACUUCCCGAACGCCAUACAGCACACCAUUGAGUGGAGUCGACAACAAUUUGACGUCCUCUUUGUCAAGCCUGCGCAGGCUGUCAAUGCUUACCUCUCCGAGCCCAACUAUCUUGAAAGCACGCUCAAAUACUCCGGGCAGCAUAAGGAGCAAAUUGAACAGCUGGUCUCUUAUCUUGUUACUGACAAACCCCUAACGUUUGAGGAGUGCAUCGUCUGGGCAAGACUCCAGUUCGAAGAGAAAUAUAACAAUGACAUCCGGCAAUUGUUGUUCAGCUUGCCCAAAGAUGCAACUACCAGCACCGGCCAACCGUUUUGGAGCGGCCCCAAGCGUGCUCCUGAUCCGCUCACCUUCAACUCUAGUGACCCGCUUCAUCUUCAAUUUAUCAUAGCCGCCGCCAACCUUCACGCCUUCAAUUAUGGGUUGCGCGGAGAGACCGACGAGGCCGUCUAUCGUAAAGUCGCUGACUCUGUAAUUGUACCGGAAUUCACACCACGUAGUGGCGUGAAGGUUCAGAUCAAUGACAAUGAUCCCGUUCCACAAAGUGGCGGUGAAGAUGACGGAGACGAUGGCGACUUCAUAACCAAGCUCCCUGCACCAUCUUCUCUUGCUGGAUACCGAUUGAAUCCUGUUGAAUUCGAGAAGGAUGAUGACACCAACCACCACAUCGAUUUUAUCACUGCUGCGUCGAAUUUGCGUGCGACGAAUUACAGCAUAAGCCCAGCCGAUCGCCACACAACCAAACAAAUUGCUGGUAAGAUCAUACCAGCCAUUGCGACAACCACGGCUCUCGUCACGGGCCUGGUGUGUCUCGAGUUGUAUAAGAUUAUCGAUGGGAAGAAUAAAUUAGAAGAUUACAAGAACGGCUUCGUUAACCUUGCGUUGCCAUUCUUCGGUUUCUCGGAACCAAUUGCUGCGGCGAAGAACAAGUACGGCUCUACAGAAUGGACGCUUUGGGACAGGUUCGAAUUCAAGAAUGAUCCUACACUGCAAGAGAUCGUGGCGUGGUUCAACGAGACGCAUAAACUCGACGUCGGUAUGGUCAGUCAAGGCGUGAGCAUGUUGUGGAGCUCUUUCAUGUUGAAGCCGAAGCAAAGCAAGGAGCGGCUUGAAAUGAAAUUCAGCAAGCUCGUGGAAACUGUCAGCAAAAAGCCGAUCCCUCAUCAUGUCAAACAUUUGCUUGUAGAAGUGCUUGUCAUGGAUGAAGAAGGGGAAGAUGUCGAGGUACCGUUCAUCGUUGUUCGUAUCUAAGUUUACGUCGUGAAGAAAGAAACGUGUAAUAGUUUGUUGUAAUACUGAAGCCUUCUGUCGAGCUACGUAGAAUAAUUUUAUGUUGACCAUCUACUCGAUAUGAGUGAUGUCCAACCUCAAGAACAAGGAAUAA